GGGAGCCGCCGAGCCGCCGCCCGCACCCCGAGGCCCGCCCCCCUCCGCCGCCCGCAGCGCUUCUCCCUUCGCCGCUCCGGGGCCGCUCGGCGGGGGCCGGAUAGAGCAGCCGGGCGCGCCCACCCCCGGCGCCUGCCCGCCCGCCUUCCCUCCUCCCCUCCCUCCCCCCUUCCUUCCCCUCCCUCCCCGUCCCUUCCUCUCUCCGCCUGGUGCCGCCACCGCCGAGGAGGAGGAACAUGGCGAAAGCGGAGCAGGUCCUCAGCCUCGAACCGCAGCACGAGCUCAAAUUCAAAGGUCCUUUCACAGAUGUUGUCACUACAAACCUGAAACUCGGCAAUCCUACAGACAAAAAUGUGUGCUUCAAAGUUAAGACCACAGCACCACGUAGAUACUGUGUAAGGCCUAACAGUGGAAUUAUCGAUGCAGGAACAUCAAUUAAUGUUUCUGUGAUGCUACAGCCUUUUGACUAUGACCCUAAUGAGAAAAGUAAACACAAGUUUAUGGUUCAGUCUAUGUUUGCUCCAGCUGAUACUUCAGAUAUGGAAGCAGUAUGGAAAGAAGCAAAACCAGAAGAACUUAUGGAUUCGAAACUUAGGUGUGUGUUUGAGCUACCAGCGGAAAAUGAUAAGCCUCAUGACAUAGAAAUAAAUAAAAUUGUAUCUACAACUGCAACAAAGACAGAUUCCUCUGUAAUGUCUAAAUCAAUAAGUUCUUCUUUGGAUGACACUGAAGUUAAGAAAGUAAUGGAAGACUAUAAGAGGCUUCAAGUAGAAGUUCAAAGGUUACGGGAGGAGAAUAAACAGUUUAAGGAAGAAGAUGGACUGCGGAUGAGGAAGGCACCCCAGACAAACAACCCAAUAUCUGCUUCUGCAGCUGCUGUCAAGGACGAAGGGCUCAGCUCCAGACUACUCGCUUUGGUGGUUUUGUUCUUUGUCUUUGGUGUAAUUAUAGGAAAAAUAGCCUUGUAGAGGCAGCAUGCUGGAAAUUGUAAAUUGGUUUGAUGGUUCUGCCAUAUCAUUGGAUUAAAUUUAUUCAUAACAAUGUUUAAAAAAAAAUUAAUGUAUGACAUCUCACAGGUCUUGCCUUUAAAUUACCCCUGCACAAAUACUAUGUAACAUAAUCUAGAAAGUUUAAAAUGUACAAUGAGUGAAUGAAUGAAAGAGAAUACACUUCAGUGGUGAAGGGGGGGAGAAAAUAAUGAUUUAACACUACAAUGGAAUAUUGUAUAUGUCAUUUUAAACAUUCUUAGACCCUGGUACAUGUUGCUGGAUUACCUCUUUUUAAAAAAAAAAAAGAUAAAAAAAAAGGAAAAAUAGAAAAAACUAUUCCUCCACUGCUGGAGCUGGCCCUAUUGGAUGUUUGGAGCUGGGUUAGGCAGGAGGUGUUGAUAACUUCUGUAAAAUACGUUAAUCCGCCAUUCUGCUCAUAAAUUUAACAGUUUCUGUCAGUGUCUUCAACUCUGUGCAAGUUACCAAUUUCUUGGCACUUAAAUGAAUAGUGAGAAGCUGAAAAGAAUUGUAUGUGGCAAUGCUGAAUGUGCUAGGCAUCAUUAAGAGGCAUAUAUUGACUGGUAUGACGCUCGUUUGGAAUAAAGGUCAAUGCCUUGUUCUCAUAAAGGGACCAAGCUAUAUUGCUGUUGGUUCAUUUAGUUGAAUUAAAAUGUUAUUCAGAGAUGUUUAAUGCAUAUUUAACUUAUUUAAUGUAUUUCAUCUCAUGUUUCCUUAUUGUCACAAAAUUGACUAAUACUAUAUGGUAUGAAAAGGCACCUGUUUAAAGCCAGUGACUAGAACUAAAAAUUUGCUGCUGUAGUGAUGCAAGAUUCUUCUGCCUCCUGGUGUUUUGGGCACUACAGAAUUGUUGGGAGUUUUGAUCAUCUGAGCAUUGGAGAAACAGUGGUCAGGAAACUUUUUGUAUGUAAAUAAGUCUGUCUAGGGGAAAAAAUAUUAGUAGUAAACUAGUCCUAUGCCGUAAAAGACCAAUCCUGUUUGACUAUGUAGCAUCUUAAAAAAAAAAAAAAAAAAAAGAAAAGAAAAAUUAAAUAAAGCCCCCAAAUUAAUGUUUCCUUUGUUACUUUUGUCAUGUUCUCACAGUUUUAGAGGGUGGGAAGGAAAAAGUAUUCUCUGUCAACAGAGUUUAUUGCAUAAGGAAACUUGCAGCCUUGUUUCAGGAUGAUUUUUUUUUUCCAGCCUAAUUUUAAAAUCAAUCCAAACAACCCCAUCAUGAGCCCCGAUAGACCCAAGUGUUGCUCAGAGUAACCAUGCUGACUGCUGCAUCACCAGGUAACUUCCCAUUUUUCAGUGUAGUUGGGUUCAGUAGUUCAGAGGCUUGUUAGCAUAGUAAGAUUAAGGUAACUUUGUUUCUAAGCAUAGUUUCAAUACAAAAUACACUCAGUCUGUUUUAACAUGCUGCGCUUCAGCAGACGAAGUAGCCUUUGAGCAGGUAAAUUCCUGUUUGUUCUUAGAUGGUAGGUCCAAAAACCAUCAGCGACAAAAGGGUUUUAUGACACCUUUCAGGAUUAAGAUACAUCUUUUUAAAGUGACUUCUCUCAUUCCUUGAUUAUUCUAUGAUUUCUUGAGAAAGCUGUUUGGGCUGCAGCCUGUCUGCUAAACCCGUUGACCUUUAUAUUUGUUCCGCUUGUGUGUCUCAAGGGUUUCCGCCCUUGCAAGUGCAAAUAAGUGAAAUUUUAUGUGAGGUUUAGUAAGAAAAUAGGAGGCAAAACUCUUAACUAGUGUGUUCAGCUUAUGAACAACCCUCAGAGUACCCCUGGAAGAUUCAACAGGAAUGAGAGGUGUAUCUUUAGCAUUUUAAAAAGCUAGUGCCUUGUCUGCUCAGGAUGGAAGUGAUAAAGCUGAAGUGUGCCUGUAAAGGGCAGAGAAGAUGGGAGAUGAGCUGGAAAGAACAAAGGAGUGAGUGCAUUAUGACAAACUGGGCAGAACUGAUCAAGAAAAGGAUACAUUCUGGGCAGUAGAAGCUAAAGACUUACAUGAAACAUUUUGUAAGAGCCUAUUCAGAAAGGCAAGGUUGUACGUGAUGUUGCAAACUUGUUGAAGAAUAUAUUUGAGAAAAUCUUUAGUGAAGGGAGACUGUAGGUUUGGUUUUUUAAGAGGCUGCAAGUAUCUUGAUCUCACUAAAAAUGUGAAUCCCUAAUUUGCUUUAAAAAAAAACCAAAACUUUUUUUGAGCCCUUCGUUCUGCUGAAAAACAGCCUCAAAAAAGUUUGUUUAAAAAAAGAAAAAAAAUCACUGUUUUUGCAGGAUAGAGGGGGAGGAUCGAAGCUUUAAACUGGUCUCUUUGUGAACAUAUCUGUAGUAAUGUCCCAGGCAAAUUUUACACACCUUGUUAGCUACCACAGUUGACUCUGCUGGCAUAGGCAGCUCCCAGAUGAAACGGAAAGCCAGCAGAAUGUCUGUCCUUCCAGUGUUUCCUAGUCACUUAGUGAUCUGUGACAACUUGGAACUUUAAAUCAUUUGUGAGCAAAGUUGUUCCCGUUGUUUGCACUCCAGGAUUAUAACGACAUCCCGGAAAACACUCUGAUGUUUUGCUAGAUGCCUUACAGGUGUGUGGUGAUAAAAGCAGCAAACAGAGGACCUUAGUUAGGGAUCUGUUGGUAACAGCUGUAGCUGGGGCUGACCUGCACCAUCGAUCCUGAACAAGACUGUUCCAUCAGCUGCUCGUAUUUUGGAACUUUACAAAAUUCUGAGGUCUUUCCUAACCAUUUCUGACAACAGCCUGAGCAGAUGGUAGCAGUGAAUUGUCUGGGUAAUGCUUUGCUUCUGUGGAGCUGAAAAUAAAUUGGCUGAUCAGUGGAAUCCUUCUUACCUGUGUUUGACCAGACCCUUCAUUCAUAUGCAGUAGAAAGAAAUCUGAGGAUGUCCAAGGUUCCUAAAAGGCCAGUCUGUAGAUACAUUGCAAAAAUAUAUUGGAUGGGUGUUCUUAAGCCACCUGGAUCUUUUGUAGGUUGUUUCUUACAUGAUGAUACCAGAGCGAAUGUUUUCACGAAAUGUUCAUAGAAAGUGAAUUAUUCUGGAGGGCAUUGUAUAUCUUAGGAAGUUAUGCAUGAAACAUAGAGUUUCUAAAUAAGAUUAUUGUCUGGUGUCCCCACACAACACCAGAUAUUAGAAAACUGUAAUUGAUACAUGAUAGUAGAAAUCAAAGUUAUUACUCAAUCUAAUUAUCAUCCUUACUUUAAGAUGCCCACUUGCAUAUACAUUUAUUCUUAAUUUUUAUAAGAGCCAGUAGAGGCUGCCUAGAUAGUCUUCAUUUUGUGGAGCUUUACACUCCUGUCUGCACUCUUUGAGCAAAUUUGGUAUAAAUAGAUACCUAAAAUGUCUCGAAGCCUAGUACUGGGACGUGAAUGGAAAAUUAUUUCUACUAUUUUUAUGUAAUUACCCACAUCUUAAAGCAAAUAUUCCGUGCAUGAAUGAUCGUAACUAUUGCUCUGCAUAGGCAGUUGUCAGCUGUGAAUGCACAACUGCAGCAAUUGCAGAUGCAAGCUGGGCACCCAGUUCCAAGUUUCUGUGCAAUAGCCUCAGGGCUUGAAGAGCAAGAUAAUACCACGUGUGUCAUGUUGAGAGGGAUUGAUGUACCAUAAUGUAAUUUUCUAAAAAUACAGGAUUGUAAUAGCUUGAUGGUGGUAUUCCAUGUUAUUUUUUGUCCUGAAAUGCUGUUAGUGGGAUAAAGUUGGAACCUCACUUUGCAAAUUGCUAGAGUUUCUUGUCACCAAUAAACUAUAAGGGUUUCUAUUCGCCGCACAUGUAAAUUUGCAAUUCUUCUGAUCUUGACUUAGCAGUCAGCAUAUUUACAUAGUGGUGUGCACGCAAAAAUGGAUUGUUACUGUCUUAAGAUACUCGAUGUUGCAGUUGCCUAAUGAAAGAAGACUAUGUCAUCCCUUUUCUUUAGAAACGUAUAUGACACUUUCAGUGCUUAAUUGGAACACUUCCUUAAUUCUCGGGCACAAUGGUGACUUAAUUGUAGUAUUCAAAGUUUUUGAAACUAUACUUCUCUUGCUCUACAUGAUGUCCUGAAAUGCCAUAUCCUGAGUUCUGUUUUCUGUAUAAAAGUAACUGAGAAAAAAACACAACCAGAAUCCCUCUGUUUGAAAUUAAAGAACAUGUAAAACAAGCACUCUGAACUUCAUGUUUGUUGUGGCUGUGUUACAGCUGCAAUAGUACUUCACAGCAGCACUGGAGCAGCUGGGGGUUGGAGAGCCGCUCGUGCGUUGUUUGAAAACGGGUUAGCAUCCGUUACGCAAAUCCUCAAGUGAGCAAGUUGAGAAGGGGCAGGUGGCGAGUGAAUUUCAGUGUACACACUUGAGACUCUGAUUUUGGGGAGUCAGAAACACUAAUGUAAGAAGAAGAAAGCAAGCUGUAUGUGAGUGAGGCUGAUUCAGAUACCGUAUGGGGAAGUUCCUAUUCUUUGUAAUUAGGUAUACGUCUACAUAUUUAAUUUACCGAUUAGAGGAUGUAUUUGUGUAAACCAAUGUUUAGGCAUUUUAGAAAGAAAGGAAAUACUGAGCAUGGCUGCUCGCUGGUAUAGUGAAACCUAGCAGUCUCUAGAUUCACUUCAUUAAAAGAUUACAGUAGAAUACAGCGCUGGUAUAAAUCAUCUGUUACAGUUAGGUAAAUAGUGGGAUUUAUGGUUCAGGCGGGGCGGUCCUGAUCCUUUGACCACAGCCAAUUAAGAUUUCUUUGUAUUAUGCUGACAGCUUCAUGUAUACUGAAUUGCUUUGUCUAAAGACUGUCAGCGCAGAAGUGACAUUACUCAUUGUGCUGUUAACUAACUUUAUUUUGAUUAGCUUCAGAGGACAAAGUAAUUGUGUUUCCAAUACUCAAAUCCGCUUAACUAAAAAAUUUGUUUGUUUUAUUAAUGGGUUGAUUGGGGUUUUUUUACUGGAUAAAUGUAGAUUAUUUUUUAAAAUAACACAAGUAAGAGCCAGCCAGAAAUCAAUCUUAGACGUAAUAUUCUAAUAAGCAUGCACUUGCACACUUCCAAAAUUACUAUAUAUGCCCGUCAUUUACUCCACCAUUUCCUCUGGCUGCAUUUCCUUUUACAGAACUGCCUCCACAUUUGUAGUUUGAAGAGUAAACGUUCUGAAAACUUGAGUAAACUUCCAUGUAGAUCUUUUUUGCCUACAAGUCCAGGCUUAAGCUUGUCCUGAAGCUUCUGCAUGAGUGAAAACUACAGAAAGGAAAGCUGAGCCUACGAGCGCAGAAACAGGGCUGCUUUCCCUUGAAGCAAACUUAAACUCUGGAUCUUUCCUCCUAUGAUCUGUCAUUAGAAAAUGGCUUUUUCCAGAUGGCAAAACAAAAGAAGUUAAGAAAACAAAUGAAUUAAGAAGAAUUAAUUGAAGCUGCAUAUUAUAAGUUGACAUUAUAUAUCUGGCAUUUCUGUUUAUGUUUCUGCAUCAGUACGUUUCAUUCUUAUUUAAUAAGUUCCUAAUUUUGUGGUUUGAGGGUUUUUUUCCCCAAGAUUUUGAAGUGCCACAAAGAACUGAAGAACAGCCUGUAGUGAAGUAUUGUUCCCAGUUUAGCUGUACUUCAUUUUUUUAAUCAAAUCUUUUUCUUCGGUGGAUAAACUCACAAGAUUAGAAAAGCCUCUUGAACUCCCUCAUGUUUGAGUUGGCAAAAUUCCCACACACAAUUAUCCACAAAACUACUUUUAAAAGGCCUUUAUUAAGGCUGUACAAAGUCAAGCACUCAGGAGUUAGGAAAUGGCAAAACCAAGUUUGUGCACUUUUGUUGUGAGCGUGUCGCAGUAUCUGAUUGGGCCUUCAGUACCGGGUCAAAAAGGGAGCUGGGGCUGCCCAGUUGCUGUCUGAAACUGCCCGACUUUGUGUGCCUGACCUUAUAUAAUCUUAUGUUCCCUGAAGAUACAUAUAACGAGGGGUUUAGUACUUGAACUUAAAAAAAUGGCAUCAUGGUAUUAGGUGUAGCCUAAAUGUUCUGCGUGUAGACGUCCAUUCUUGACCUAAGCGUCCAGUGUAAUGGUGAGUAACUGAGCUGAAGCAGCAAUUUUUGUUUUCACAUUUCGCUGGGAGGCCACACAGAAGUGUGAUCGGAGCCAGGACUUUUUGGCUACGGGCUGAGCACAAAAGAGUGUUUCUGUGAAGGCUGCAGCCUCUCCUCCCCAGUUUCUUUUCUGUUCUGUUCUGCCUGAGCUGUCGAAUCUCACUCUGUUCCCUCCCUCGGCCCUUUGGUUCAGUCCAAGUCAUCCUUGUUCCUUCACUGCUCCUUGGCAAAGAAACCGACGUUCAGCCGAGCGCCUUUAAAUGGCUUGUUUUCCGUGCUGCCUAUUUAUUUUCUAUCUCAGUCUCUUUCUUCCUGUUGCCCUUCCAGACUCGCUCUUCCCUGCCUGCCUGUCCCAGGCCGCCUGGCAGCUCCCUCACUUGGCACGUGUCCAACUCCGGGCCCAGGUGCCUCUUCCUGGUCACCACUCACCUUCCCGCUUCUCUUUCAGUGAGUUUGUUCCUUCUCUUCACCCUGGGUAGAGUUGCAGCAGUGAGUCUUGUCACCCAUCCUCUUUUGGUCUCCAGCUUUUUUUCUGCUGUUUCAAUGCAGCGUAUUUAUUUAUAGUAAGUAAGUAACAGGAUUUUACAUUCUGUGUGGGUUGUUCAUCAAAUGAAGCACUAGCUCAAUGCUGUUCAUGUACCCAAAAGUGUUUCAAGACUUUUUUGUGUGUUCUGUUUCGGUGUAAGAAUUGUUUGGGAAAUCCAGAAUGCAAAAUACAGGUGAAGGUAUUUUUAAUAGGAGGGCAUGAAGAUGCCCAAUUGGAAAAAUCAGGUUACUAUUAAUUGAGCUGUGGAGAUCAGACUCACGGCUUGUGUCUGGCAAAUUCGGCUCAUGCUUUAGAUUUUUGUGCCUGCUAGAGAAGCAGAAAAUUGCAAAGGCAGCUUGUCUGAGUAGCUUAUGGUAUUAAAGAAGGUACAAAAGACUCUCAUGCUCAGACUCAAGUGCAGGGAGCUAGUAAAUGUAUUCGGAGUGUUUGAAAAUUAUUUUACUUUUUCCUCUGCUUGUUGGAAUGGUUGAAAAAUUACAACUUUGGAAAGUAUUACAGAAGAUGUGAAUGGGGAAGAGUUUUCCAAGACACAUACAUGUGCCUGUUACCACGGACUUUCAACUGGUAGUAACCUGCCAGCGCAUAUUAGCUUGGGUUUUCUUCACAGGUACAAUAAAAAGGUAUGUAUUUAUUUUCCAGUUGAAAGAAACACAGUAAUCAGGACUGAUGUUCGUUGUCUGUGUCCUAGACCUGUUUUUCUAAUGCAGUGUUAGAUGUGAAGUUACUUAGUUUGGUCUUGUUUAUGUCAGGUAAAUGAAUUGCCGACCUAGAAGUUGGAAUUCUGAUUACGUUCAGGCUAGACACACAGCCGUGCAAACUGCUAAUAAAUGUAAUUGGUGCCUCAAAAGGGCACAGCUGAGCAGAUUUUGUAUCAAAGCUGGUAGUGAAGAAGAAAUUAGAUGGGAAACUGAACUAGCAUUGGCACUCUUCUAAGUGAAAGGUAUUAAAUGGCCAAAAACCCAAUAAUUGUGGCAACGAGAAGGGGGACAACUUUGGCUAACUGCCCACCCUGUUUCCAUGAUGAAAUGAAGGGAAAAACUAGAUGUAAAGUAAUAAACAAAUAAAAAGGGAAGCAGGCAGCAAUUGACUCAAAAGGAGAGUUAUGAAGUAUAUAAAAUAUAUUUUAAAAAAAAGGCAAUAUCCAAAGGAAGAGAAAAUGUAUGGGUUGGAGCACUUGGAGAGGGUGAUGACGAGCUGAAGGAAGUUCAGAGGAAAUCUGUAGAUCUUGGCAGUAGGAUAAAGGACCCGUUACUAGAUGCAGGUAGGUAAAACUGCUGGUGAUGCUGCAAGAGAGCUAGAAAGGUGACAUCACUCAUGAGCAAUGUUGAGUAUGAACAUUUUUAAAUUCAGUAGGUCUAGAAGCUCUGUAUCAUAUUUCUAAGGGAGACGCCUGGGGCAGUCUCUGACCUGCUGGUGGGAAAGAUGGCCAACGGGACAGGACAGCUAGUAGGGAAGGGCUGGAAAGGAGAUGCGUGUUAAUGAAGGCACAUAAUGUCAUUGCAUUGUCUCUUGGUUUUCAGUUUUCUUUGGGAUUAGAGAACUGAGUAUGUCUGGGCCCUUUCAGCGCUUGGUGUUCUCUGACAAUCUCACGUGUCAGAAGUGGUUGUUCAAAGAGAACCACAAUGAAAUGGGGAUGCUCAUGGAAGGGUUCUGCUGGGACCCGGUACCAUUCAGUGGUUCUAGAUCACUGGUGAAAAUUGAUAAAAAAUCACUACUGAUAAAAUGUUAACACGACAAAACUAUCUAUACCCAGGACUGGAGUGAGUAAGAGCUCCACGUGUGUUCCCAGUGCAGUCCCAGGGUAAAAGACUAAUGAAUAAGAAUGUGUUCUUGUUUUUAAUUACUGUUAGCAGUAAGUGAUUAUACUUCUGUAUGUCUCAGCUGUGAGAGCUGGGAAUUUUGGAUGCAGUUUGGAUAUUUACAUUUUAAAAGAGAAGCUGAGUAAUUAGAAUGGAUGCACAAAAAGAUUCAAACAAUCACUGGUGGAGUGUGAAAUUGCCUUAGAGAGGGUAAGAGAGAAAACUCAGUUGGCUGAGCUUAUCUACCAAAAUUGAGAAUGUCUUGAUUAUAGUGCACGAGUACCUUCACGGGGAGAAAAUACUGAACACUGCAGCUCUGGAGCAACACAAGAAUCACUGUCUGGCAAUCAAAGCCAGGCAAACUCAAAUUGGAAAAAUGCACAAAUUCUUAACAGAGAAUAACUGUAAUUCAGGAAUGUUUCUCCAAAAACUGUGAACAGAACAAUAAAAGUUAUGAUAUUUAUGCAAA